UGGCGGGCCCAGGCCGCCUCCGCCGAGGUUGGCGGUGUGUAACCUGCCUAACGAGAUUAGCGGGGAAGGGGCUCGCUCUCCUCCGCAGCGACGCAGCCGCCAGCACCGGUGAGAAAAGCUGCCGGGUUUGCCGAGGUUUGUCCGAAGAAGGAUUAUAAACUUUUCAUGGGAAACUCUGCGCGGUGCAUUCACUGAGAUGGCAUCGGACAGCGAGGUGAAAACUCUGCUGAACUUCGUUAACCUGGCUUCGAGCGACAUCAAAGCGGCUCUGGAUAAAUCAGCUCCUUGUCGCCGGUCAGUUGACCACAGAAAGUAUUUGCAGAAGCAGCUCAAGCGGUUUUCUCAGAAGUACUCGCGGAUCCCACGGUGUCACCCCAGCAAAGCCCCUGAGUGCGGGUGGCGCCGGGGGGCAGAGGAGCGGGCCCGCGGCCCCCAGCCCGAGGCACCUGACCCCAGCCCCCACGGCGGGGCUGCCGCUGAGAAGGUGGUGCGGACAGCCGAGGCAGAGGAGAGCCUCAGCGGGGAGAUGGGUCUGCAGGAACAAAAACCCGAGGCUGCCCGACCGGACCAGGUGCCCAUGAGGAAGCGCCAGCUGCCCGCGUCCUUCUGGGAAGAGCCACGGCCGGCGCGGAGCCUGACGGCCGGAGCCUUUCCUGCCAGCCCCGAGGGGCUCCAAGCACCCAGAGACCCUCCUCCCUAUGAGGGGAAGAAAAACAAAAGGAGCCCAGACGCUGCUGGCCCGGAGAGCCCCCCUGACACUGUGCCACAUGCCGGGGAGAAGGACCCCGCCGGGGCCCUCUCGGGCCGAGUGGGUGCUUGGACCUGCUGCCCCUUCCCCUGCCCCGGGCCGGGCGUGUACCAGCCCCCGGGCGCGCUGCCCCCGUCGCCCUUCCCGGGGCUGGGGCCGUGGAGAAAGAGUGCGGCCACGCUGCCGGCGGAGGUGCGGCACUUCUGCAAGGAGGCCGAUGGCCCCGGGCAGAAACUCUACAGGCCCAUGGUUCUGAAACCCAUCCCCACCAAGCCCGCCAUCCCUCCACCCAUCUUCAAUGUUUUUGGCUAUCUUUAGCGGGGCGGGUGUGCGAGUCAUGCCGAUCACGACAGCUCCCGAGGGCGAUUUGAAACGCCCGGUCAGGCUUCGGGCAUGAGCUGCUGGCAGCGCGGAGCGCAGGCCAAGGAGGCCGGCGAUCACACCCUCUGCCCGUGGGCGGGCUGGAGGGAACUAGUAACUGCGGGGAAGGUGCUUGGGCUGCGCCCUCCUCUCCCUACACGGGGGAAACUCGGGAAUAAACCUUGCGGAGCCGGUGGCAUGCAGCAUGAGGAACGCCAGGUCUCUUUCGUGGAUGGGCAUUGUCCGAGCCGCGGCGAGCGGGGCUGCGGGCCGUUCAUAGCUGCACUUGUAACACCUAGGAGGCCUCCAACACAUGGGAACAUCCUUUUGGGGCUGCCCUGCGGCGGCAGCGGUGAAACGGAAUGAAUUAAAUGCAUUCAAAGAGUUUUUGUACUUUAAAGUAAUUCCAGGGAAUUCAAGAUAUUCAGGUCAUUUCGUUUUGCAUGCAAGAGAUGGGAAGGAUGGUACUUUUUUAU